ACUAUCUGCAAAGAAGAUCACAGUGUGACGUAAACGACGAUCUAAACAAGUAUCAGCUGUGUAGCAGUCAUUGUUCGUAUCCGUUUUGGCAGUCGUACAAGAAUUCUGUUUUUCUUCGUUUUCUGAUCGUCGGGCACCAGGUCCGACGGGAUAAACGGUAUACGCAUUAAGUCGGGAAGCAAAGUGGAAAAAAAAAGGGGGGAGGCUACGAGUUUUCCGUAGAACGCAACCGUGGCUGCGUGCGUGCUCCAGCCCCAGCCCCACCAACGAUCUUAGGAACAAUAAUCGUGUGAAAAACGGGGCGGUACGCGCAUAAGCCUGGCCUCGAGCGGCGAGUCGGACGACGGUGGACUCGCUCCGCCACCGCGCAAAAGGUCCCGUAGUUCUCUCCCGACUACCCUACGACCAGCGGACGAGCACCACACCGAUCCCGAGAUGGAAAACUAUCGCACAAUGCAACAGCAGACCUCAAACGGUGGCAUUUCCUCCGGGCUUCAGCAAAAUGGGGGUACAGCAGAUUCUGGUGGACCUCAUGCGAAUGGCAACAUAAUACCUGAUUCUGAGAAUGACAUCAAUGGUGUCAACGGUGAAACAAAUCAGAAUUUAGGACCACCGAAAAUAAUGGACAAGACUAAUCAAGAUAUUGUGAGACUCAUUGGGCAACAUUUGAAGACAGUUGGACUCGAUCGUACAGCUGAUCUUCUUAUGCAAGAGUCAGGUUGUCGUCUAGAUCAUCCUGCAGCUGCAAAAUUUAGACAGCAUGUCAUGGAUGGAGACUGGACUAAGGCAGAACAUGACCUAAACGAACUUAAGUCAUUUUUAAAUGGUGCAAGUCAAAGUCUAGUGGAGAUGAAGUUCUUAUUACUAGAACAAAAGUACCUAGAAUAUUUAGAAGAAGGAUUGGUAUUGGAAGCAUUGCAAGUUUUACGCAACGAACUUACACCUUUAGGUCAUAACACAGGCCGUGUCCAUCAAUUAUCUGCAUUUAUGAUGUGCAGUGGACGUGAUGAAUUACAGACACGUGCAGGCUGGGAUGGCAAAGGUGCAACAUCGAGAGCUGCCCUAAUGGACAGACUACAGAAAUAUCUACCACCCUCUAUUAUGUUACCACCACGUCGCCUUCACUCGUUACUAUGCCAAGCUGUGGAGAUGCAAAACCAACAGUGCACAUACCAUGUAACUAACACUCAGACAAGUUUAGAGAAUGUGUCAUUGCUCGUGGACCACAGCUGCAGCAAAGAACAGUUCCCGUGCCAUACUAUACAGGUGCUCAAUAAUCACUGCGACGAAGUGUGGUAUUGUAAAUUCUCGCCCGACGGUCUUAAGCUAGCUACAGGCUCUAAAGAUAUGACUGUCAUUAUUUGGGAUGUUGAUCCAGAAACACUGAAAGUAACUCAUAGGAAAACGCUAGAAGGCCAUACUUAUGGUGUAGCGCUGAUAGCUUGGAGUCCCGAUAGCAGUCUUCUAAUUGCCUGUGGACCUGAAGAUUGUCCAGAGCUCUGGCUUUGGAGUAUCGAUCCACCCGAUUAUGAACUACGUGCGACAGUUACUCAAAGUACCGAUGAUUCACUUACGGCUUGCGCUUGGUAUCCUGAUUCGCGCAAAUUUGUGGCUGGAGGACUUCGCGGACAAUUCUAUCAAUUUGAUUUAGAAGGUAAUGUUUCGGAGUCUUGGGAAGGAGUUAGAGUAAAAUGUUUGUGGUGCAAGAGUGACGGAAAAACUGUUUUGGCUGCCGAUUCGCAUCAUCGAAUAAGAGGAUAUAAUUUUGACGAUUUAUGUGACUUUACAAUAUUACAAGAAGAUCAUUCAGUGAUGUCGUUUAGUGUAAAUAAAACAGACCGACUUGCACUUCUCAAUGUAGCUAACCAGGGUGUACAUCUUUGGGAUCUACAGGAUAGAUGUUUAGUAAGGCGUUUCCAAGGUGUUACUCAAGGACAUUUUACAAUUCAUAGUUGUUUUGGUGGUGUAAAUCAAGAUUUCAUUGCCUCUGGUAGUGAAGACACAAAGGUGUAUGUGUGGCACAUCAAAAGAGAACUUCCUAUAGCAACUCUUACAGGACAUAGUAGAACAGUAAAUUGUGUUUCAUGGAAUCCUGUAUAUCAUCAAAUGAUGGCUUCUGUAUCAGAUGAUUGUACAGUGAGAAUAUGGGGACCUAGAUCAUCUUCUCCAGAAAAGGCUGAAAGUGACAAGACUGUACCAUUAGAGAGCAACUCCUCAAAUGGUAGUGGAUGGCAUGAAAUGGUAUCGUAGCGAACUACAGUGCAUCAGUGUUCCCAUGACCUCAUGGUGUUCAAAAGACUGUCAUAUUGAUCGUCAUACUGACUCUUUCCUGCCUCCAGUAGCUAUCUCUUUAUGCCUCAUUACUGUAAGUCUGGGUAAACGACUACUACUGGAAGUCAAUGAGGGAUAUGUUAGCAUUGACUGCUAGCUGGUUACAGAAACAAUCAGACGUUAUUUGAAAACCUAUUUCUUUUUGAUUAAUGGAUUUUAUAUGAAACCAUACUAUCCGUUUUCCUCUCAAAAUUCAAUUAGAAUAUUUUACUGAUCCGAAAUAACGAUCGAAAACAAUGAACAGCCAUAAUCUGUUAUGCUAUACUAUUGACUAGUAUAGGUUAUGACAGAAUUUAAAUUCAACAAAUUCCGUCUUAGCAUGAAUAUAAAGAGACAAAAAUGAAUGUGCAUUAAUAAGGUCAUUACAAAAGUAAAAUCUGUGGUUUCGCAAAAUUAUAAUAGAAAAUUAAUUUAAAAGAAAUUAUGUUAAAGAUUAUAGCUAUAUAAAGGGGUGACGGAAGUGCCCCUAAAUCAACUUCGACCUGCGAUAGGUCAUUCGAUAACAUAUCGAAAAAAAGACACAUUAGAUAUCAAGUUCCAAGUCUGUAUCACUACAUAGGAGGGAUUACAAGACAAAAAUUGAAAAUGAUAUUUCUGUCUAAUUUUUCCUAUAAGGUUACAUGAAAAAACCUGACAAAAAAAGCAUUCAAAUUAAAACAUCUGAAUAAAUUUCGUAAUAUAUGCCUCCUUACCUGAAAUACCUCAAUUUUUUUCAAAAAUUCGUUAAAUAAUAGUAUAAGAGUUAUCGAACAAAAACGUGAUUGUGAUUCCUACUCUUUAAUUCCCACAAGUUGUGAUAUAGGCUUGAAACUUAACACAUUUUUUUUUUUUGUAUGCUACCGAAUGACCUAUCGCAAUCGAUACUUUGGUUUAGGGACGCUUUAGACUCCCUUAUUUGGCUAUACCUUUUAAUCUUUUUAAAAAUUAAAUAUAAAUUUUAACAAUUUCGUGCUUGAAAAAUUUCCAAUUCAUUUUUCGUUAUCGUUAAUAAAGGUGAUGCAGCUCUCAUUUUUCAUCACAUAUGUAACUGCCAUCUUAUACACAAUGAUACUGUAUGUUUCAAAUUGUAUGGAGAUGUCUUGAAAUACGAUAAAAGGUGUCGAAGUAAUAUAAAUAUUCUAUGAAAUGAAAUUUUAUUUCAGUAGAAUAAUUUGCUGUGAGGGACAACCGAGGUAAAUUGUGAACUUUGCAAAUAUCUGAACUGUUUUUUGAGACGUACAGUUUAAUUCAAGAUUAACAAAGUACUAAAAAUCUCGACAAUUUCAUUAUAGAAAGGAAUAAACUGGUUCUAAAAUUUAAACAUCAAUACUGAAAUUAGUACCUUUAUUCGAUGCUGUGAUUUUAUAUUGAGAUAUAUGCACUUGGUGUCAAAAAUUUAUAAAUAUUACAUUUGCCUUAAAGUUAUCACGCUUGUAAAAACUUUAAAAUAGAAUCAGUAGGCUGUAUAAAUUUUAAAUAUUCAUUUUGAAGCAUUGGUUACUUGAUAUAAAUCAAAUUAUCUUUAUAUAUUGCAUUUCUUUUAUUACUAGUGUUAUCAAGCCCCAUUAUUAUCAAGUGAUAAAAAUAUGUCAUUUAUAAUGUAAUAAUAUUUUGAAAUCAUAAAUCAAAAGUGAGCAUAUAUUCUGUGAAUAGUUCACAAUUUGAACAUAUAUAACAUUACAGCAUUUUUCAUGCUGUACUUAUUACAUAUGUAUGUGAUGUGUAUAUUAUAUUUCUGUUCUAAUCAUAUCACGUCAUUGUAAGCAGUAGUACACCAUUUUUCAUAAAUGAAUUGGUAAAUAUUAAUUACAAAAAAUACAUGGAUAUAUGGAAAACAUAAUAAAUUAAUAGACUACAUUCUUUUGUGUUAAAUAACACAAUAACAUCUCAAAAUAUUAUCAUAAAUAAAGAGAUAAGAAUACUAAAAUAUGUAUUACCGUAGGUUUUUUUUAAACCUGGUAAUAAAUGGUUAAAAAUAAACUGGAGGUCUCACAAUAUCAGAAGCUGUAGAGUAUAUGUGUACAAAUACUUUCAAAAAAAAAUACUAUAAAUACAUUUACAUAAAACGAAAAUGUCUGUAGUUUAUGCCCCUGAAAUUAUAGUGAGAUAAUAUGAUGUCAAUCACUAUUAUCAUUUGCAUUUACCUCUGGUGCCUUAGCACUUUAUAAUCUAAAAAUUUCCAGCAUUUUCUCAUAAUUUGAAUUCAUAUUCAAUACGUAAUUUGACGUAGCUUGCAAUAUGACAAACAAUAAGUAAUAAAUUCUGUCUAAAAAAUAUGCUUAAAUGGCAUUCAAGUUUCACAUAUAUUUUUAUUGUUAACUUUUCAGUGAUAUAUUUCGUUUCAGACAUUUGUAACAUUAAGAACAAAAUAGCAAUUCUCUGUUUCUAAUUAAGUAUGUUUGUAUUUGUUGGUGGAACAUAGAAAAGCAAUAAGGAAAAGUCUUAGAAGUCAUCUUUUUUAUAAGGUUAAAGUAAUACAAUAACUUGAGAUACAAAGUAUGCCAUGUUUGACAAAUUAAAUAUAGAAAUUUGCAUAAAAUAUUAAUCAUUUAAAUUAUUUUAUGUAAAUAAGGGACGAAAAUGUUUCAUAUAAAUCUGCAAAUUAAUGGAAAGUAAUUUUAUAUUUAAUUUAUAACAAAAGGUACGAGAUAAAUAAUUCAGAUGGAACAACUACUUUUUAAACAGUAUUAUAUUAUGUUGAAUCAUAAUAAACGAUUUUUAAAUAAUUUUCGAUCAGUUGUAUAAUAUUUUAAAAAAUUAUAGUGAACAGUAAUUAGUAUCAGGAAUAAUAAAAUUUCUGUCCAGUUUAACCAAUUAUUUGCUGAAUUUUUCACUGUAAUAAUUGAAUUUAUGACAAUGAUAAUAUCUAGUAACAAGUAAUAUAGUGAUUUAUUUACGACGUUCAUUCUAUCGAGCUAUUAUAUUUUUAACUUGUUCAGUGUGAAAUAGCUGUUUUUUUUCAAUUCAAACUCUAAUUUCAUAUAUAUUCUGAAUAUUUUUGCUACUACACUUGCAUUGGAAUUUUCGUGAAACUCAUACAGAGUGACGUGGUAAAUCUGUUAUUUGUUGAUACCAAUAUUUUUAAAAAUAAAAAGAUAACUGUAGUUCUCCUUUUAAUUUUAAAUAAAUACUAUUACAGCUGCUAUUAGCAAAAUUGUAACAACUCUUAUUUAAAUAUGAACUGUUGGAAAUGGACAGAACUUUUAGUAUAACUUGAGACUUAGGCAGUAAAGAAUAAUAUAUCUCCACAUAACAAUUUAUGUUUUCACAGUGCAAUUAAAAUGUCUAUUGAAGCAACAAAUAUAAUUAGACUAUAAUAUGAUUCAGCUUUAUCAAGAAAACAAAACUUGUUUAAGAACUUUUAUGUAUAUUAUUAUCAUUAUUUUAUUAUUAUUAUUAUUAUUAUUAUUAUUACUACUACUACUCUAUAUUACUUUCUUAAUUUGUUAGGUUUUACAUUAUUAUUUCAUAUGUACAUAAAAUGAUAAAUAUAUGGUUUUAUGAAAAUAA